AUGGGUUCAAAUAGAAUUCAGAAGUUGUUAUUUUCUGAGUACAGUGACCUAGAGGACAUAGUGUUAGUGGAAGGACCUUUUGCAGAAACUGAUCGAGAAGGUAGAGGCAUUCGUCAAGUGCAGAUAGGACUGACUCCCACCAAGCUCAUUGUUGCGUCCUACCACGUGGAGCCUGUGGCAGAGAUAGAUCAAGACUGGAGGUCUCCAAGAGGUCAGGAUUUGGACAUCGAGAGUUUCGAGCUGGUGUCAGCUUACCCGGUGGAGAGCGUCAACCUAUCUGUCUAUAGACGACGGCGCAGACAAACGUUGAAGGCCCGCUUCUGCAACGGGAAGGUGGUCUUCUUCGAGAUAGGUGGAUGGCAGGAGCGUAAGAUGCUGUGGUCUCUGUGGUGUGAGAGGGUCACGUUCCUCUCCCCCUACGAGAGUGGAAACUCCGUCUCCGAGACUUCCAUAGGGAGCAGCACCAGCAGUAGUCCCUCCCUGUAUAUCGCCAGGAGCUCCCUCUCGGUCAACAAGACCGGGACUCCGACCCUGUGGAAUCAUUACGCCUGUGGAGAGAGUUCCUGGAUGGAUCCCAAUUUGUAUCUGGGUCCGAAUUUCAAGGACAAAGGCAUCGGCGGUUUUUCAGUCUGUGACGGAGCUGGUGAUAUGACACGGGAACGGUUGAAAAGUACAAGGAAACCUGCGCCUAGGAACAGGGAACCUCUGAUCUUGUCGACCCAGCACGAGGUGAUGUCAGCGGAGGCGGUGGAGAUCUGGGACUGGAGGAAGAGAGCUCCUGGACUUCGCCCUAGGGUCCGAAGAAGGUACGCCCUCAGUCCCUGUCCCUACUUGCUAGAGGGUGUAGGACUAGGGAUGUCUAGAGCACUUUGCAACUCAAUACAGACAAAGAAGAACGCAUCUCUAGUUGAUCUUCGAGAGGAUGCUGAAGAGUUUCAACCUCCAAUACCUAAAGGAUGUCUGCUGAGGAGGGUGUCGCUAGAGUCCCUAGCUGUCCCUGCUUCUUCGCUGCAAAAGCUUCAGGAAUCGGAAGAUGUUCAAUCUCACCAAGAUGAACUGAAUUUCUGGACGCGUUUUCCUCAACAUCUCCUACAGUGGGGGGGUGACCAAUACAAGAGGCAGCAACAUUACUUGAGGGCUAUGAGAAAACGAACUGAUCCACAAACGUUUCGAUUAAAAAGCAAAAAGAAAUCGAAUGAUUCACUUUAUCUUCAAAAGACCAAGGAAAACAAUUCGAUCAGAUGGAAAAAGUACGCCUGUCAAAAUCAUGAGUUUAAUGGUGCUUGUGGUGAUUCAAAGAUGACUCUCGGUCUGACUAGUUUUAUGAAGAAUGAAGAUGAAGGAUGGCUGCUACCAGUUACAAGAUUCUCCUCAUCAACACUAGCCAACCAGCUGAUCAUGGCGCACAAACAGCUGUUUCUAAAGAUCUCCGCUCUGGAUCUAGCAAGAGCUCAGAAAGACAAAGGAAGUUGGAGAACUCCAAGUUUGCGUACUCUUAUAUUUUUCUCUCAAAGGAUUUCUUGUGUGGUUGCAAACUGCAUUCUUCAAGAACAAGAUGUCCAGAGGAGAGCUCGUGUGAUUGGCAAGUUCAUGAGCAUGGCUCAUAACUGCCACAGCCGACAGAGUCAGAUGUCUGCAGAAGCUGUUCUGAUUGGUCUGCACUGUCCAUCGAUCUACAGGCUGCAAAAGACAUGGGGCUAUGUCAGAAAACACCACGCGUCCAACUACAGGAGGUUCGAAGAUUUGAGCAGAAGAUACUACGACUGCCGUGAACCAUUGUACCAGAAGACAUAUGACGACAUGGUCCAGGUGCCUCCUUUUCUUCCCAGCAUUUCUCUCUUGGUCGCUGUGCUCACAGGGAGACUGUCUGAGCCACCUCAAGUACAAUCCUUCAAGUUCUCCUCAGCCUGUUCAGAGCUCUGCCAUCGAACGGACACACUCCACUUAUCCUCCAGUGCUACCAGUAGAACAGACUCUAGCCUCACAUCAGUUAAAAGGUUCUUGUCUGCAAUCCAACUUCGACUUAACCCACCUUUACCGUCUACUUCUGCAGAGGAUCUAACAUGGUAUAGUCUCUAA